AUGGCUUCCCCUACUCAUUUCGACGACUAUGAAUUUGAUUUUGGAGGUGAAAUUAGUGGAACGCGUCCAGGUAUUAAUAAGAGGUCAUCUCCUGAUUUUGACGAUAAUGAUCGUUUAGGAAAGAAGGCGAAAACCAAAGCUGAAGUCGAAGUGGCUUCUGGCGUUACAACUGGAAUGAUUUUGUCUCUUCGUGGGAGUCUUCAAGACUGUAAGGAUAGGCUUGCGUCGUGCCUGAAUGAACUUGAGGCUGCACAAACCGAGAUUAAAAAAUGGCGCUCUUCAUUUCAAAAUGAACCAUUCAUACCUGCUGGGAUCACACCAGUACCCAAAUUGGUGAUUAACUAUCUUCAAGCACUGAAAUCAUCGGAAGAGGCCUUAGGAGACCGGCUUGAAAAGGCAAAGAAAAAGGAAGCUGCAUUCAUUGUGACAUUUGGUAAACGCGAGAAAGAGAUAGCAGAGCUGAAGUCUGCUGUACGGGACCUCAAAGCUCAACUCAAGCCAGCAUCAAUGCAGGCAAGGAGGUUCUUACUAGAUCCGGCAGUUCAUGAAGAGUUCACACGGUUAAAGAAUUUAGUUGCGGAAAAGGAGAAAAGAGUAAAGGAGUUGCAAGAUAACAUUGCUGCUAUAAACUUUACUGCCCAAAGCAAGAUGGGGAAGUUGCUAAUGGCUAAAUGUAGAACUCUGCAAGAGGAAAAUGAAGAAUUUGGGCAUCAAGCUUCUGAGGGCAAGAUGCAUGAAUUAGCAAUGAAACUUUCAUUGCAGAAGGACCAGAAUUCCGAGCUCAGAAAUCAAUUUCAAGGGUUGCAGAAGCAUAUGGAUGGAUUGACCAAUGAUGUGGAAAGAUCCAAUGAAAUGGUUUUGAUGUUGCAAGAUAAAAUAAAUCAGAAGGAUCAGGAGAUCCAAAGACUGAAAAAUGAGUUGCAAAAGAAAAGAUCCAUCGAGAAUUGCAGCAUCUAA